AUGGUUAAUGGAAUUAUCGGCCGCAAAGUCGGCAUGACACAAAUCUUUGAAGACUCUGGAAAAGCGGUGCCUGUUACUGUUAUCCAAGCCGGUCCUUGUCCAAUUGUCCAACUCAAAACGCAAGAGAAAGACGGCUAUCAAGCAGUUCAGUUAGGUUUUGGGGAACAGAAAGCGAACCGCACGAAUAGCCCGAAACGUGGACAUUUAGCAAAAGCCGGUGUUGAUUCUGCACGGGUGCUUCGCGAAUUUCGGGUACAGAGUCUUGAUGAGGUGUCUGUAGGAAACAUUGUUGAUGCAAGCGUCUUUUCAGAAGGUGAACUUGUUGAUGUGACAGGUACCUCGAAAGGGCACGGUUUCACCGGUGUGGUGAAACGUUGGAAAUUCGCGGGUGGUAAAAAAAGCCACGGUGGUGAGCAAGACCUCCGUCGUCCCGGUUCCAUCGGUGCAAGCGCGACACCUUCGCGAGUCUUUAAAGGGAAAAAGAUGGCUGGACGCCACGGUGCCAAACGGCAUACCGUCCAAAACCUUCCCGUGAUCCAAGCCGAUCCCGAGCGUAACUUGCUGGUGGUAAAAGGCGCAGUUCCUGGACCACCCAACGGCUUGCUUCUGAUUAGAAAAGCAUCUAAAGCAUCGAGUGCAUAG